AUGAAUGGCCCAGAGGGUUUACCGAUGCCGCCAGCGCUCUGGCAGGAGGCACGGAAUGCAGAGGGCAGGGUUUACUACUACAAUGUUCAAACCAAAGCUACUCAAUGGACCAAGCCAGUGGAAUUAAUGACUCCAGUGGAGCGCGCUCUGGCAAACCAACCAUGGAAGGAAUAUACGGCUGCGGGAGGGCGAAAGUACUGGUAUAACACCGAAACCAAACAAAGCUCUUGGGAAAUGCCAGAAGUUUACAAGAAUGCUCAAGCUCAAGCUCAAGCUCAGCCUCCUGCUAAGCCAGCCCCCUGCAAAUCUAACAUGGUUGUUUUCAGUGCUCCGACCUUUGUUGCUGGUGGUGUAGGCACCUUUCCUACUUACCAAGCUCCAGCCCACGCCCACGAUCGUGACGAACACGAGCGUAGUACGACCGACAGACGACACGGAUAUGGAGGCGGUGGUAUUGAUAUCAAUGGCGCAAAUGCAAUAGCCGCAGCAAAUCAACAAGCUGACUCUGGUUUUGCUUCGUUCGAGGAGGCAGAGGCUACUUUCAUGAGGCUCCUUCGGCGCAGCAACGUUCAGCCAGACUGGUCUUGGGAGCAAGUUAUGCGUGCAGUCAUCAAGGACCCUCAAUACCGUUCGCUCAAAGACCCCAGAGACCGCAAAGCCGCAUUUGACAAAUACGUUCUUGAAGUUCGCGCGCAAGAAAAGGACAAGGCGAAAGAGAGACUUUCCAAAUUGAAGGCAGAUUUCGGUACCAUGCUGAAAAGUCAUCCUGAAAUCAAGCAUUAUACCCGCUGGAAAACCAUUCGACCUAUUAUUGAGGGCGAGACUAUCUUCCGAUCCACGGAUGAUGAGGGCGAACGCAGACAGCUUUUCGAAGAGUAUAAAUCAGAGCUGAAAAAGGAGUAUGCGGAAAAGCAAGCCAAUGCCCGUAAAUCUGCAAGGGAUGACCUAGUUGAUAUCUUGAAAACUCUGAACUUGGAACCCUAUACUCGCUGGUCAGAGGCACAAGAGAUAAUUCAAUCUAAUGAAAAAAUCCAGGGGGAUGAGAAGUUCAAAGCUCUGACCAAAUCGGAUAUCCUGACUGCAUUUGAGAAUCAUAUCAAAUCUCUUGAACGAGUGUUCAACGACGUCAGACAACAACAAAAGGCUAGUAAGACUAGAAGAGAACGUCAAGCAAGAGAUGCUUUUAUAUCUUUACUACAAGAGCUCAGGUCUCAGGGCAAAAUCAAAGCGGGUAGCAAAUGGAUGAAUCUGUACCCUUUGAUUGAAGAGGAUCCAAGAUAUACUGCGAUGCUUGGACAAUCAGGUUCCAGUCCUUUGGAUUUAUUCUGGGAUGUAGUUGAAGAGGAAGAACGUGCUAUCCGAGGUCCAAGGAAUGAUGUCCUGGAUGUUCUUGACGAUAAACGGUUUGAGACAACGUUGAAAACAACGUUUGACGAGUUUAAAACGGUGAUGAGAACUGAUCGUCGUACCGCAACAAUUGAUCAAGACACGCUCCAACUCAUCUUUGAUCGUCUGCAGGAGAAGGUCCUUCGACGUACAGAGGAUGAGAAGCACGCAGCCAAUCGACAGCAGCGGCGUGCAAUUGAUCUUCUCCGAUCACGCAUCAAACAUCUUGAACCCGCCGUCCAGGCAAAUGAUUCCUGGGAAGAUGUAAAACCCAGAAUUGAAAAGAUGGAGGAAUACCGAGCUGUAGAGUCGGAAGACGCACGCCGCUCGGCAUUCGACAAAGUUGUCCGUCGGCUGAAGGAAAAAGAGGAGGAUGCUGAGCGUGAUCGUGAGGCACGCGGCCGGGACCGGCCAUCACGCCGCGACCACUACGACCGUGGAGACCGAGAUGACCGCAAUGGACAAAGAUGGUCAGGCUCCGGACGUCGUAGCCGUACCCCUGAACCAGAUGCGUACGAAGCAGACCGCCGCAAGGCUCAGGCGGACCGGGAACGAUCAUAUCGCAAAGCCAGCGGGUUCUCGUCACCGCCUAGACACCAUGACCGUGACCGUGACCGUGACCGUAGAGACCGGGACCGCGAUCGUGAGCGGGAUCGGGACAGACGAGAUCGUGAUCGUGAUAGAAGCCUCUCGCGGCAUCGCCGGGACCGCCGUAUCCGAGAAGACGAACGAGAUAGAUUAUACCAUAGUCGUGCCGACCCUCGAUCUAGUCGUGACGAACUAGAUUAUGGAGGUGGUGAUACUGAUACUGCCGCACGCAGCGUGACAAGUGAACGCCGCAGACGCCGGGAUAGUGAUGCCGAGAGCAUUGGUAGCAGGUCCGCAAAGCGAUACAGGCGCGAACAGGAUCAUCUAGCUAGCAAGGGCGGGAGACGGGAUAAGGAAAAGGAAGAGAAAGCACCACCUGUGGUGGAAGAGAAGGCAGUUCAUUCUGGUAGCGAAGAAGGGGAGAUUGAGGAAGACUAG